UGUGAUGUCAUCUGAAGGGGAGUUUGGGACGGGGCUGUUUGUCCAUUCGAUGAUGACUGGCCGGACACAGUCUCCAAAAAACGGCUAACGUUAAAGGAAUCCCCGCUCUUUUAAUCGGACUUUGACUCGUAUUUUAAAUGAACCGUGGCUCUUAAAAUGGACACAGGUUCGGUUCCGAGCUGUGAGCCGGUCGGCAGAAGUCCAAACUUCUGGUAAUCUAACUAUGGAAACUAAGAAGAAGUGGCGACAGCACAGAAGUCAGUUGACAACCCGCUCUGGAACGUUAGCCCGGCAGAUAACGGAAGAAUGGACGAUGUGAAAACUGGACCAAACCGGGACUGAGUGUCCUGCCCGGGUCUCCGCCAGCUCCAUGUCACCCUCCUCUCCGUGCCAGAUGCCACAGCGGGGUGAUGGAGGCUACAAGCCGGCACCGGUGUCCCCAGCUCCGCCUGUACCGCCGAGGAGGGUCCGGAGCAGGGACAGGAGCUCCGGCAGGACGCGGCGGGCCGGGGCCGGGGCCGGGGCAGGGUCAGCGGGAGCCGGGGCAGCGGAGAGGCGGGUGAAGUGUGUGCUGGUGGGGGACGGAGCCGUGGGGAAGACCAGCCUGGUGGUCAGCUACACCACCAACGGGUACCCCACAGAGUACGUCCCGACCGCGUUUGACAACUUCUCAGCGGUGGUAUCAGUGGACGGGCAGCCAGUCAAACUACAACUCUGUGACACAGCUGGACAGGAUGAGUUUGACAAGCUGCGGCCUCUGUGUUACACGAGUGCAGAUGUGUUCCUGCUGUGCUUCAGCGUCGUCAGCCCCGCCUCCUUCCAGAACGUUCCCGAGAAGUGGGUUCCAGAGAUCCGGAGACACGCCCCCUUCGCUCCGCUCGUCCUCGUCGGGACGCAGUGUGACCUCCGAGGAGACGUCAAGGUUCUCAUUGACCUGGCUAAGUACCGGGAGCGACCGGUGGACCCAGCAGACGCCCGGGACUGUGCGAUGGAGAUCGGUGCUGUGGCCUACAUGGAGUGCUCUUCACUGACCCAGAAGAAUUUGAAAGAAGUGUUUGACACGGCCAUACUGGCCAGCCUGCAGAGCUGCAGCUCCCACAAGCACCCGAGAGGGAAACAGAAGCACCGGAAGAAGCAGAGGCAGACGCCGGACAAGAUGAAGAGUCUGUCCAAGUCGUGGUGGAAAAGGUACUGCUGCGUGGCGUAGAGCAGACCUGCAAUCAGUUUGGGUCCGAUUCUUAUUCUCUGUUGACCUUCUCCUGGUCUGGAUUCAGCUGGGUUUGGGUCCUGCCUGGACUCGCUUUGGGUUUGGGUUUCUCUCUAUCUAAUGGAGCCUGAUGUUGAGCAGGACCUCGACUGGACUGUUGCUGGGAACCAAAGUAAGACUGUCAUGGAUCUAAAAUGUUAAACUCUUUUGUCUUUGUUCCCAGAGGAGUUUUAGUCUUAUUGUGAAUGAGAUUUACUACUGAACCCAGCCUUGGCUCUGCCGUGUCCCUUUUUUUUUUUUUUUUGCUUGACUCAUGGCCUCCCUCCAGUAUGAGCCCUCCUGCCUCUUAUUGGAGUUGAAACUUUCGUGGGACUAACACAAGACCCUCCUCAUGUCACGGUGGAUGUGACAAUGUUUUUAGGACUGGACUGGUCCAGAUUUACACAUGAACAGAAGCUUUGGUUCCUCUGUCUGUGUUCAACACAUACAUUGGAAUAGGGUUAAGUCUGAUGUUCUGAUUUAAAAAGACAAACAAAAAAAACAACCCUUUAUGUGGCCUUGUUAGAUGGACUCAAGAGGAGCUUGACUCUCUACAGUCUUUGCUUGUUACUGCCAAAAACACAGUGAUUUCCUAACUUCUAGCUUCUAACGUCUGUGUGGUUUCCAGCACUCAUGAUUAGAUAUUAAAUCACUGGAUAUUAUUUAACUAUGAAUUUAUAUCCAUCCCGCAGAGCCUCAGUUUCAUAACCGGGAUCACUGUCGUUCUACAGAAAAAGAACACUUUAUUAAGCAGCUCAUAAUUGCGGUGCAGCAUAUAAAUCUAAUCUGAAGCCUGGAUCAUAGUCAGCUUUAAUUUUAGCCUUCGUCUGAACUAUUUAUGGAAGGUCUGGCUUGUUUUAUUAUUGUGGUGUUCUUCAUGUCCUGGCGACUGUUUGGCCCAAAGUGGAGGCUCGUUCUUUAGGCUCUUAUCAUAUACUGUUUGGUAUUUUUUUCCACCAUACAGGUACGAAACCAUUCUUGCCUUUGUCAGAAAAAACACUUCCUGAUUUCCUUCGCUUUAGCAAUAUUUCCAAAACGUGAUUGGAACAUGAUACCUGCCACGUAGCUCAGUACGAGCAAAAGAUUGUGAACAAAGGAGCAACUAUCUGAAUAUACAAGUUGUGUCAUUACUCAAGAAGACACAACACUCAUGUAGGAGUAAAGUUUCCAUCGGUAGCGGUCGGCUGUUCAUCAUCGUCUUCUAUUCCACAUCAGCACUGAAGGAUUCUGCAGUCUGCGCUGUAUUCAACAUGAUUUGGUUCAACAAAAAUCUUUGUACUGUGGCGGUGGAUUGCAGUCUGGCACUUGACCUUAAUCUGGCAGGAGCACAUUUAGUAAUUUCAGUGUUUUUCUCCUCUUCAUCACGACCACAAGCCAAAAACUUUGCUCAGUUUAGACACUAAGUGACUUCUUACUGGUUCGAGACACGCAAAUACUACAUUGGUUUCAGAAAUUUGUACUGCUUGACGUGUGCUUGAUUUAUCUUCCCGGGCGCUUCAACAGCCUUACAUGUGAGUGCUCUGCAUGUGUUUAGAUUUAAAAAAAUUUCAUUUGUUUUGGUUGGUUCCUGAGAAAAAUAACUCAGAACAAAGUGAAAAACAAAAACAAAGCUGAGUUAGUCCAUGAGCUUUCAGUGCAACUGUGUAUCUAAGACUGUGAAGUUUGACUUGUGUACAUAUUUAGUGAAAUCUAUUCUCAGUAGUUAUGACCCAUCAUCACAGUUUGUUUCAUUAUGUUCUUUGUUCCUUUUACCCAAAAUAUGAUCUUCUGCUUCAUUACAUCGGUAACAGCUCAUCGUGUUCAUCAUUCUGCCUCUGAGGCCUGUUUUCUCUCCAGUAGAUUAAGUUUUGCAUGUUUGUAAAGCAGAAAUAAAAAGAGGAACUAUCACGCAAA